GCCACCUCAGUCACCACGCACACUAAACCCAACCAUCUUGGGUUGGAUUCUCUACCAGCUCAACUCUUAUAGUUUUGGUUCUUCCAGUGUGAAUCAGCUAUAUCCUUGGGGAGGAAGGAAAAGUUGAUCCCAGAGGAAUUUAUAACAGCGCUUGGGAAGCUUUUGCUUUUACUUACCUGCACUGAACAAAUUAACUUCCGGAGUCAGUCAUUUUGGUGUCAAGAAAUUUCUUUGGCAUUCUACAACAGUUCCCGAAGUGGCUGGGGUCCGUUAGAAACUGAAGCUGCUGUCUGCUGCCUUCUCCACUUCUUGGAGCAGAAGCCAAGAGAGAGCUGUUUGAAGACACCACAUUCACACAUCAGUUGAAGACUAGCCGUUGAAGCUUUUCAACGUAGAUUGUGUCUCCCUCGGAUGGACGAGGAGAAUUGCUGUCAGAGGUCCUGAGAAACCCCAUCUGGUUUUUAUUCCUUGUGUUGAAUGGCAUUUGCUUCAGCAGCCCACUGAGGGCCCUUUUACUUGGGAUUCUGAACUUGUAACCCAGAAUCCAGGCUGGGAAGAUGCUGAGUUCCAUCAAGUGUGUGUUGGUGGGAGAUUCUGCUGUGGGGAAAACUUCUCUGCUGGUGCGCUUCACUUCAGAGACCUUCCCGGAGGCCUACAAGCCCACGGUGUAUGAGAACACAGGUGUGGACGUCUUCAUGGAUGGCAUCCAGAUAAGCCUGGGCCUUUGGGACACAGCGGGCAACGAUGCCUUCAGAAGCAUCCGUCCCCUGUCCUACCAGCAGGCAGACGUGGUGCUGAUGUGCUAUUCUGUAGCCAACCAUACCUCUUUCCUGAACCUGAAGAACAAGUGGAUUGGUGAAAUCAGGAGCAACUUGCCCUGCACACCUGUGCUGGUGGUGGCUACUCAGACUGACCAGCGAGAGGUGGGGCCCCACAGGGCCUCCUGCGUCAAUGCCAUAGAAGGAAAGAAACUGGCCCAGGAAGUGAGAGCAAAGGGCUAUCUAGAGUGCUCAGCCCUUAGCAACCGAGGGGUUCAGCAGGUAUUUGAGUGUGCCGUCCGAACUGCUGUCAACCAAGCCAGGAGACGCAACAGAAGGAGGUUCUUCUCCAUUAAUGAGUGCAAGAUUUUCUAACUUCCCGGAGACUUUGCCCACACUCAUUUACUCACCCCAAAGACUAAAGGGACAGGGAGAGCAGACAAGCCGGCAAGGACUGAUGCUCUUUCUAGAUACAUACUGCACAGCACUUCCUUUCGGAUAUAGUUGUUGAUGAGACUUGGCCACUGGCUGUUUUUAUGAAAUACACUCUAGAAAUGGACUGCUUGCCCAGUCCAAAUAGAAGGUCCUAUAAUGAAGACUCUAUCUUCGAUUAAAAAGCCAAAAUAGCCUCCAUAAUUUUGGACAAUGAAGUGAGUUUUUCAAAGAAUUCCAUAUUUAAAGACACAUUCUAUUUAAAUAAUAGUAAAAUGUAUAUCUCUUGUAUAUAAUUAGUUUUUACAUUUGGAAAGUCUUUCCCUACGUGCUCCCACACACAAUUGUAACCCUAUGGGGCUCUGCCAAAGGUCUGUAGUGUUUUCACCUGAAGUAGUAAUUUUGUUAACACCACUUGCCUGCUGGAUAUUACCAGGUAAUCAAAUUUUGAAGUGACCAUAGCCUUAUCCUUGCGAUUAAUUUUCCAUCCACCUGUUACUCAGCGUUGUGUAUAAAAUACAGUUCAAUAACAUAAGAUUCUUCAAUACUGCCUAAUUAAAAAUUAACAUUUGAAGUA